UUCCGCGCCGCUCUGGGAGUGGCGGGUUGGCCCAGACUUCAGCCCGCGCCCUACAAACCUAAGCCACCGAGACCCUUGGCAGGCGGGCGAGCUGGGCGGCGGGGACCGUUCUGCUCUGCGGCGCUUGAUCACUGAACUGCGGCGGACUUCCGCACCUUCUGCCGUAGGCGUGUCAGUUGCAGACCCGGGCCCAGCCUCGUCCGCAUCUCCCCGCCGUGCCCAGUUAUGAGGAACACCACCAAGGAGGCGCCGGGCGCCGGGCACCGCUACGCCCCCUGCGACUGGUAUUACCACCUCCCGGCCAAGCGCUCUGAGAAGGCCGUGGGUGCCCCACCGGCGUCCCAGAUCCCGGGGCUCAGCAACUUGGGGGACUCACAGGACCAGGCCACACUCGGGGCCAGGAGGUACUGGAUCAAGGACACGGACUCUGAGUACGUGAAGCUUGCCAAGCAGGGCGGCAGACCCGAUUUGCUGAAGCACCUUGCAGCUGGGAGCAGGAGGGGCUCCCCGGUGGCCUACGCCCUCCCGGACUGGUACAUCCACCAUAGCAAGCCGCCCACCGCCAACCAGCGCCCGGCGCCCGCGGCGUCCAUGCCGGAUUACAUGGUAUACCAAGAGUUCCACCCCAGCAGCCGGGCUGAUGGCGGGAGCUACGAAUCCCGGAGGGGGCCCUUCGACUUCGAUGUGAAGACGGUGUGGCAGAGAGAGGCGGAGGAGCUCCAGGAGAGGAAGAAGGUGAAGCUGCCAGCCAUUAGCUCGAAGCAACCCAGCAAAGUGGGGACGACAGCAGGUGCCAGAGAACCCGCAGGAAGCAGGGUGUCCUUCCCUCCCAUGCCUGGUCAGAAAACCAGUUCCCCAACAAACUUCUCCAAACUCAUCAGCAACGGUUACAAGGACGAGUGGUUACAGCAGCAGCGACUGGACUCUGAGAAGAGGACCCGGAAGACGUCUAGGGCAUCAGUGUCAUCCCAGUCCAUGCAGGACCCCGAGGGACCUCAGGACGCAGAGGCGCCGCAGGACACACAAGCUCCCGAAGUCUCUGAGAAAGCCGAAGGUCCAGAUAGAUCUCCGUCCGCGCCGACACCGGCUGAGCUCGCAUAGACCUGCUGUGACCCUCAGGAUCGCGUCCAGGAGCCAGUGGCCAAAGGACCGCGUCCCCCUACUGUCCCACGGCUCCUGUCCCACGGCUCCUGUCCCGAUGGAUGCAUGGCAGCGACUGCUACGGACCGGGCACCUCCAGUAGAUUUGAUGACCUUAUGCAUGGGCGGCGAUGCGCCCGCCUGUCCUCCAGGCUCCAAGCACAACCCGGGGCCUGGCUGACCCUCGGCUCCUGGGCUGGCGAUAUGCCCUGCUCUUGGGACUGAGUUAACUCCUUCCUGUUUUCCACCAGCAUCACCUCCGGGUGUGGCUGGGCAGCGCUGGCCCUGGACCCCGCACGGGCAGAGGCGCACGGCGAGCUUACAGCCCUUUCCUGCAGUCGAUCCUACAAUCUCCAUAGAAAUCAUUUUCAGUUACAAAAAGUAAAUUAAUUGUAGAAUAUGGUGAUAUACUUUAAGUCUAAAAGAAUUCUAUGAUGACUUGAAGUUUUAAACAUUUAGUACGCAAUAAAACAUUGUAACGUUUGCUAGUUUUAAAUUUUUUGCUAAUACUUUCUGAAGUCCAGACUAUUAAAGUCACUUUGUAUCAUUUCAGUAAAAGUACAUUUAAUUUUAGCACUUAAUUUAGUAGGCUUCAAAAAAACAAGUUUUUAGUAAUCAGACUGGUCUUAUUUUAUAAAGUUUAUUAUAGAUUUUAUAUAACUGAUUUGCCUUUCAUGUAGUUUUAUAUUUUAUAUGUUUAAUCCAUUAAUAAAAUAAUAUUUUUUAACAAAGAAGCUAGGAAGACAGACACGACCACAGAUAUUUUAGCUUCUUUCACAGAAUUAACUUAUCAUGCACGCACUCAACUAAAAGUUGUUUUAAAUUAGUCCUUUAACUGAGAUGCUUAAUUGAGCACUUACAAACAUGCUGUUUAUUACAGAUAUGCUGUUUAUUACUCUUACUCUAUUGUGGGGGAUGAAUGCAAUACGUAACUAAUUUGAGCACUUGUCUAUAUUAAAUAAAAGCAAUAUACCUGUA